CGUACCGCAACUGCCUCGUGUUAUGACAGCUAAGUAUCCCUCUCUCCCGCUCUCUACAUCCUCUUCCACAACCAAAUCAGUUGGAUUUUCUUGGCUGGGAUUUUCUAUUUCAUUUUCGGAAUUCCCUAUACAAACGGACACUUCACGUGGAUAAAUCCUCUGCUCCAACUUCGUUCCAAGAAUAGUGCAUUUGCGACAUGAUUAUCUACACCAACACCGGAAACCCUUUCGGGUUGAAGCUGCUGAUUUGUGCAAAUUUGGCGAAAACCAACGUGGAGGUUAAGCAUGUUACGCUAAAUGAUCCCGCCCUCGGUGAUAUGAAGCAUCUCCCUAUACUUCAGCUGAACAGUGGCGUGCAGCUGUUUUCCACCGAUGUGGCCGCCAAGUAUCUCCUGCCGGGUGACGAUGCGUCCAAAGUGGUGCAGCGAGACGAGUGGCUCGAAUGGUCCUCGAAACGGCUUGCGCCCGCACUGACCCACAACAUGGCCGUUGGUUCGCGGGCCGAUCCGAACACAAAGCCCAUCCUGAACACGCUGGUAAAGAUGCUGGACGAUUGUCUAAGCAAUAGUACGUUCUUGACGGGCGAUAAAAUCAGCAGCGCCGAUGUGGCCGUAUGGAGCUUGCUUGCGCCCGACGGCACACUGAAGGGCGCGGUCAACAUUGACAAUGUGCUUCGCUGGUACCGUCAGAUUACGGCCCUGCCCGAGGUACAGUCGGCCCUGGCCGCACUUCCGCUGAAGGAGCUCAGUUUCGCAUCGCUGCAGCAUAGCAAUCGGUUCGGUGGAUUGCAUCACAUUGUCCUCAAUCCGGAGAUUGCCGAUUUCGAGGGAGAACUGCUGGCGGACACGUCCGCCAACAUUGCCGAGACGGUGCAGCGGGAAGAGAUUGAGGCGGCCCGGGCAGCGUUCGGCGAGACGGACGAUCGGGCCGUGCGCGAUGAGCCGCGAAUCGUGCUGCCAAAGCCGGGCCAGAAGAACAAUCUCAUCACGUCCGCCCUGCCGUACGUGAACAAUGUGCCGCAUCUGGGCAACAUCGUCGGCUGCGUACUGUCGGCGGACAUUUUUGCCCGCUACUCGCGCCUGUGCGGGUACAACACGCUCUACAUCGGCGGCACGGACGAGUACGGCACGGCAACGGAAACGAAGGCGCUGGCCGAGAAUAUGACUCCCCGCCAGAUCUGUGACAAGUAUUUCGAUAUUCACAAUUCCAUCUAUCGGUGGUUCGGCAUCGGGUUCGACUACUUUGGCCGCACGACCACGGCCGAGCAGACGCGCAUUGUGCAGGACAUCUUCAAGGAGCUGUACGCGAGCGGGUACAUCGAAACGCGCUCGGUCGAGCAGCUGCUCUGCCAGAAGUGUGAUCGCUAUCUGGCGGAUCGGUUCGUGGAAGGCACCUGCCCGCAUCCGGGCUGCGGAUAUGAGGACGCACGCGGCGACCAGUGCGACGGGUGCGGCAAGCUGGUGAAUGCGGUGGAGCUGCUACGACCACGGUGCAAGAUGUGCAACACGUCGCCGGUAAUUCGCGAAUCGAGCCAGUUCUUCCUCGAUCUGCCCAAGAUUGAGCCGACGCUGCGGGAGUGGGUGGACCGAUCGGAGGGCGGCUGGACGCACAAUGCGCGGGUGAUAACGCGAGCCUGGCUGAAGGAGGGCCUCAAAUCGCGCUGCAUUACGCGUGACCUCAAGUGGGGCAUUCCGGUGCCGCUCGAGGGGUACGAGAAGAAGGUUUUUUACGUGUGGUUCGAUGCCCCGAUCGGCUACAUCUCCAUCACGAGCCGGUACUGCAAGGAGUGGAAACAGUGGUGGCAGCCGGACACCGCCAACACGGGCGUGAAGGUCGACCUGUACCAGUUCAUGGCCAAGGACAACGUGCCGUUCCACUCGGUCAUGUUCCCGGCCUCGCUGCUGGCCGUCGACAAGGGCUACACGCUCGUGUCGCACGUCAUGGCCACCGAGUACCUGAACUACGAGGACGGCAAGUUUAGCAAGAGCCGCGGCAUUGGCGUGUUUGGCAACGAUGCGCAGGACACGGGCAUUCCGGCCGACGUGUGGCGCUUCUAUCUCGGUGCAGCGCGGCCCGAGGGCCAGGAUUCAUCGUUCAGCUGGAGCGAUCUGCAGGCGCGCAACAACAGCGAGCUGCUGAAGAACUUGGGCAACUUCUUCAACCGAGCGCUGGUGUUUUGCGAAAAGUUCUUCGACUCUACCAUCCCGCCGAUGACGCUGCUCGAGGAGGACUACACGCUGCUGGCGCUCAUCAACCGCGAGCUGAAGGGGUACGUGAACCAGAUGGAGAAGGCACGUAUGCGCGACGGCAUCCGGCAUCUGUUGCAGAUUUCGCGCUACGGCAACCAGCUCAUGCAGUCGGAGGAACCGUGGGUGAAGGUGAAGGGAACGGACGAUCAAAAGGCCCGCGCUGGCACCGUGAUUGGGUUGUGCUGCAAUUUCGCAUGUUUGUUGGCAACGCUUAUCUUCCCGUUCAUGCCUACGACGGCGAGAAACAUGUACAGCCAGCUGAAUGUCCGCGGCGGAUUCAUCAAUUCCGACAAACCGCUAAUUCGAACGCUUCUGCCAACGGGUCAUCGCAUUGGCAAACCGGCUGUUCUGUUUACCAAAAUCGAGGACGCCCGCAUCGAGGAACUGAAGCAAAAGUACGGCGGAGUGCAGCAAGACAAGGAUAAGAGCCCAGCCCCGGUGAAGGCGCCGCAGGGCUUUACCUCGCUGAAGGACGCCCAGAAGGCGGUGGACGAGCAGGCGGCUAAAGUGCGCAAAAUCAAAUCGAGUGGUGCCGAUCGGACCGUUUGGCAGCCGGAAGUAAACAUUUUGCUGGAGCUCAAGAAGCAGCUGCAAACGCUCAGCCAACCUCGUACCUCCGAAAGUGCCGCUACGGCCGCUCCGGGCGAGAAACCUGCCAAACAGGCACCGAAACAGGCACCGAAACCGGCGACGGGUGGUGCUGCCGUCUCUACGCCACCGGCAACCAACACAACGGCGGCCGAUCCGUCGGAUGUGAAAGCGUUAGAGGAGGAGAUUGCGCAGCAAGGCAACAAGGUGCGCAAGCUGAAAGAAGCCAACUCGGACAAGUCGGUCUGGCAGCCGGAGGUUUCGCUGCUGCUCUCGCUCAAGCAAAAGCUGGCCAGUCUAACUGGCGUUCCCGUGGCAGCACCUGCCGGCGGUGGAAAGAAGAAGGGCAACAAGAAGUAAAGUGGGGUCAAGAAGAGUUCGCCAUUCGCUGAGCGCCACGUGCCCGAGGCAUCCACAGUUUAAAGCUGGCAUUCUGAUGAAAAGUCAUACUACAGAACAGUUUGAAUCAUCGAUCAUUACACACCUUUUGGCAAUAAACGUUAUUUAAUAGCAACUUAAAA